GUUGGCAUUUGGGUCAGUGGACGCCGUUUAUGUAUUUAUUUUUGUUUAAAUCCAGUUACUUAAAAACAAAACAUAAAAUUGUCUCGCUGGAAUACGACAAUUAAUCCAAACCGUUGUUGAACACAACUACCCUACUCACUAAUUUAAAAUGACGAAUCUUGACGUCAGUAACAGUAGCACGGAUAGUAGCUCUGGAUCCACCUCGGAUUCCAGCAGCAGUGGGAGCUCUUCAACAAGCUCAGGGUCAGGUUCCAGUAGUUCUGACUCAGACUCCUCAACUUCUGAGACUCCAGCGGCAACUGCAGCAACAGUACCACCUAAAUCACCUAUGAAGCCAGCUGAAGAGGCCAAAAAGAAAGAAGAACAGAAACCAAGACGAGCAUCUAAGACGAAGACUUCAUCAAGCGAAGAAGAAGUACCUAAAAUACCAAGUCCAAAAGCCGCCCCACCAAGACGUAGGGCUUCAGCCAAACCUAAAGCAGCAGCUGCUGUUCUUGCAAAAGCAAAACCAGCCCCUCGUACCACAACAGGUGCCAAAGCGAAAGCCAUUUCGAAAACUAUACCCAAAUCUCAAAUAAAAUCUGAUAAUGCUUUGAAAAAGAAAAGCAUAUUUUCCCCAGACAAUAGUUCAGAAUCCGAAUCUGAGAACAAAGACAAAUUGAAAGCAAGUGCAAAAGAGUCCCCAAAUAAUAAAAAGGUAACAAGAAAGUCGAGCGAUGAGAAGGAAACACCAGCCACACAACCUGUGGUCCCUGCCACCGAAGAUACCACUGUAAAAGAGAAUGCUAAACGUAGAAGUAGUAGAAAUAGCGGUCCACCAGCAAAGAAAGCGGUUGAAGAUAAAAGCGCGUCAUCUUGUUCAUCCAGUCAAUCAUCCAUUGAAUCUGUGUCUUCAGAGAGUGAUAGUGAACCAACAUCCAAGAAAGAUAAUGCAAAAGCAAUUAAAACGAAACCUGCUACUGCAACUAGUAAGCAACAAGACGUAGCUACCAAAGGCUGUGAGGCUGGUGAAUCUGCGGCUCUUGGCGCGGUGCCUCGCAAGUUGACCAGGUCGUUCUCAGCGCGCGCAAACAGAAUGGCCACUGCUGUGAGACCUGUUCACACUGAUACUGAUUCAGAUGGAGAUGAUAAGAAUGAUAAAAACCGAGACCUAAAAAAGAACCUAAAAGGUCGUCCCCCAGCUAUACCACGUUCCCCAGUGGUAGCGGACACAGCCCCCAUCAUGCCUUCAGAGCGAUGUUGUCCUGUCCGAGGCUGCGACUCCACAGGACAUUUGGGUGGGAAGGCUCGUCGUCACUUCACGUGGGACGCGUGCCCGGUGUACCACAACGUGACGGCGGCGUGGUGCGUGGCGGCGGGCGAGGAGCGCGCAGCUGCCGGCGCCGCACGACGCCGCGCACUCAACGCGCUGCACCAGCGACCCCGCGCCAUGCCCACCAUCGAACAGCGAGCCUAUCAGCUCAAAGUUAAAGACUUACGUUCCAAAUGGAAAGGCAGUCAAGAACUUCGGGAGAAGCUGGCCGCGUCCAGUGAAGAGAUGACGGAGGAGAGAGAGCCAGUGCUAGAAGGCUUCGCCCCUGACUACGACUUGCGCUUGUUCCGAGAGGCGCAGGCUCUCGCCGCUAUUAAAAUUGAAGAGGAACUGGGUGAUCUGCCUUCUGAUAAGGGCACAAGAUACGUAGUGAUGGGCAAAUACAUGAUGGAGGUGUGGUACCAGUCCCCGUACCCGGGGGACGCGGCGCGCGUACCACGUCUGUUCGUGUGCGAGUUCUGCCUGGGACAUCACAAGUGCGCUGCGGGUGCAGCACGACAUCGUACCAAGUGCGUCUGGAGACAUCCGCCUGGUGAUGAGGUAUACCGCAAGGACAAGCUGAGCGUGUGGCAGGUGGACGGGAGGAAGCACAAGCAGUACUGCCAGCAGCUCUGUCUCCUCGCCAAGUUCUUCCUCGACCACAAGACGUUGUACUACGACGUGGAACCCUUCCUCUUCUACGUAAUGACCUGCGCAGACCACGAGGGAUGUCAUAUUGUAGGAUACUUUAGUAAGGAAAAGAAUUCGUUCCUGAACUACAACGUGUCUUGUAUCCUCACUCUCCCGCCAUAUCAGAGGCAAGGUUACGGCAGACUACUCAUCGAUUUCAGUUAUCUGUUAACAAAAGUGGAGGGCAAAGUGGGCUCGCCUGAGACCCCGCUGUCGGAUCUGGGUCUGAUAUCGUAUCGGUCGUACUGGAAGGAAGCCCUCCUGAAGAGGCUGUGCACGGCCGCGGGGCCCUCCCUCUGCAUCAGAGAUCUCAGCAAGGACCUCGCGAUCGCCUCUUCUGAUAUAGUUUCCACGCUGCAGGAGCGAGGCCUCAUGAAGUAUUGGAAAGGAAAACAUAUUGUGCUGAAAAAACAGGAUGUGCUGGAGGAGGUGACGCGUCGUGCGGAGCGCGCGCGCUGCGUGGAUGCGGCGUGCCUGCGGUGGUGGGCGGGUGCGACGCCGCGCUGA